GACGAAUUAUUGCGAUAAGUUUGACAGAUCGUCGGUGGAGAGCGGAAAUUUCCUCGAAAUUCGGACAUCCAAUGCUCCUUCUUCUUCAAAGAAUAAAUUACGCGCACGCGUUGUUACAUCUCCAUGAAUGAAUCUGUAUAUGUAUACAGGGUGUACAAAUGUGUAGUAUUUCAUGGGUGACAGCAUCUCUCGUAGUGGGAAUCAAGAUUGAGGGGAAGUCCAAACCUCCAGACCUAAUGGAAUUCGGCUUCAAGUUACGAUGUUAUGAAAUCAAAAGUCGACAUAUUUUUUCUCAGUAGUUAGUUAUACAGAGUGAUUAAUAUUAUAUCAGUGUAUAUUGUUAUGAUAAUAAACUAUUGAUAAAUAAAUAUACUUAAAUAAUUAUAAAAUAAAUUUAAUUAAAAGAAUUAAGUUUCAAGUAUUUGUUAUUGUUUGACAAAAUGGAAAUUUUAGGUUAUUCCCAUUCCAAAGAGCACAAAGUAACUUAUAAAUGGAAAAUUGAUCAAAUAAUUCCAUUUAUUAAGUAUACUGAAAGCAGUGAUGAACAGAAAGUGACGCUCGACUCACCUAACUUUACCACAAAUGACGAAACCAAAAGUUCAUGGCAUUUACAUUUGCGACUAUUAGAGGAAAAAGGAUGGGUAUCAUUAUUUUUGGUCCAAAAUGAUGGAAAAGACAAAGUAAGAAUAAAGUAUUCACUAUUUCUUUUAGACAACAAAAAUGAAAGAAAAUUUAUUAAAACUUCUUAUCACCAUCGCGACUUCAAUCUGGGACGGGGAUAUUUACAAUUUGUUGAAAUAGAACAGUUACUAGACAACAAAGAUGAUUUUUUACCUAAUAAUGCCUUAACUGUAUGUGUUGAACUAACUAUUUAUGACAAUUAUGAAUCACUUACUACUGAAUAUCCAUUGCAAACACCACAGCGUCGAAUAACUGAUGACCUUAAAGAACUCUAUGAUAGUAAGUCAAACAGUGACGUUAUUUUAGUUGUGGGUAAUGAAAAAUUUAACGCUCACAAGAUCAUACUGUCAGCUCGCAGUCCUGUAUUUUCCGCAAUGUUCACCCAUAAAAUGAAGGAAAAUAGAGACAACGAAGUUGCAAUACCUGAUAUAGAACCUGAAAUUGUCAAUAAACUGUUGGAGUUUAUUUAUACUGACGAAAUAAAUGAUUUAGAUAUGGAUGCUGCGAGUUUAUUGGACGCUGCAGAUAAAUAUCAAUUGUUAAAACUAAAAAGUUUAUGCGAAGAAUCGUUAUCUAAGUCGGCCAGUAUUGAUAAUGCGAUUGAAUUGAUGAUUUUAGCAGAUCUGCACAAUGCUAAUCAAUUAUUCGAACGUGUGCUUGAAUUGGUAAUAAAAAAUAUCGAAGAUGUCAUUAAUACUCCAGAGUAUAAAAUAUUAGAAGAAUCUAAACCACUGUUAUUAACGAAAUUAAUUAAAAAACAAGCGACUUUGAUAAAGAAUAAUGCUUCAAAAGAUAAGAAAUAAUUGGGAUGUUGUUUACUAAGUACUCAAUUUAUUAGAGAACGGCUUUUGAGCAGAAUAUUGACCUAAAAUAUUUGGGUUUUAUGAUUUGAAAACGAUACAUACUUAUUUUGCAAAUCUAAUAAUAAUUAUUUUUAGAAAGUAAGAUUUAAAUAGAUCAGAUAUUUACUGUUUCUAAAUAUGCUAUUUUUAGAUUAUCAACUCAAAUAUAUAUUACCAUAUAAAUAUUUUUCAAUACUAAGUACAAAUUAGUUUAUAUAGAUUAAUAUUAUUUUUCGAAAUUACUGUCAAAUGUAAGCGUAAGAAAUCGUUA